AACUUUCCAAAAUGCCCCUUACCAACUUAAACUCAUCAUGCCUCCUAGAAGACAAAAUCCUCCUCGUCAAUGAGCUGUUCGGGACAUAGAGAUGGAAGAACUACGUCAACAAAUUCAAAGGCUUCAAGAAAGGCUCAAAGCUUUUGAGGGACAACAAGCUCAACACUCGCAAGAUGAACCACAUGAGUCAGAAGAAGAUACUGACAACGAGAAUCCCUUCCAUCACCUAAGGGAUAAUGAAAGCUCAUCAUCAACAAGAAAAGUUCAUCGUCGACAACGUCCCCAACAAAAUGCUGCUCCCAAAUCCACUGACCUUGGCAUCAAAAUUGAUAUUCCAGAUUUUGAAGGUCGCUUUCAACCAGAUGAAUUUAUCGACUGGUUACACACUGUGGAACGUGUGUUUGAACUCAAGGAUAUUCUUGACGACAAGCGUGUGAAGCUCAUCACCAUCAAAUUAAAGAAACAUGCAUCCAUUUGGUGGGAGAAUCUUAAACGCAGUCGAGAAAGAGAAGGCUGCAACAAAAUUAGAACUUGGGAGAAAAUGCAUCGAGAACUCACUCGUAAGUUCUUACCUGACCGUUACUACCAAGAUAAUUUUGUUAAAUUUCAUAACUUGCAGCAAAAAUCUUUGACUGUGGAAGAAUAUACUAUGGAGUUCGAACAAUUAAUGAUGAAGUGUGAUGUUCGAGAAAAAGAAGAGCAAACCAUAGCAAGAUAUCUUGGAGGAUUAGACAAUGACAUUUCCAAAGUAGUUCAACUUCAACAAUAUUGGACUUUGGAUGAUGUCAUUUGGCUAGCAUUGAGGGUUGAAAAGCAAAUCUUAAAGAAGAAUAUUACUAUUGCUUCAAAACCACGAGAUUUUGAAGCUAGGGAAGGGACCCAAGCCUCAAAGAUUGUUGUUGAGACACCUGCCAAAGUUGAGAAGGAAACUAGUUUAAGCCAUCCAACCCAGCCUAACACUCGAAAGUGUUUCAAGUGUCAAGGAUUUGACCACAUUGCCCUCAACUGUCCCAAUAGGAGAAUUAUCACCAUUAUCGGAGGAGAGAUUCAUGAAGUCUUAGAUGGUGAAGCAGAAAAGGAGAUUAGUGAUGAGAUUAAGCCACAACUUGAGGAAGAACUCAUCGCAGCUGACCAUGGAGAAUCUUUGGUUGUGCGUCGAAGUCCUCAUGAUACCAUAACCAAGGAUGAAGAUUGGCUCCGACAUAACAUCUUUCACACCAGAUGUACUUCUCGGGGGAAAGUUUGCAACGUCAUCAUUGACAGUGGAAGUUGUGAGAAUGUUGUGUCUAGUUAUAUGGUUGAAAAGCUAGGACUGCCAGUCAAAGAUCUUUCCCAUCCAUACAAGUUACAAUGGCUACGAAAGGGAAACGAGGUAAAAGUAACCAAACGUUGCCUUGUCUCUUUUUCUAUUGGUAGCAGGUACCAAGACGAAGUAUGGUGUGAUGUUAUUCCUAUGGAUGCUUGUCACUUGUUACUUGGUCACCCUUGGCAAUUUGACCGAAAGGCUAUCCAUGAUGGCCAUGCCAACACCUACUCGUUUGUGAAAGAUGGUGUGAAGGUCAAGCUCACUCCCCUAAAGCCUGAAGAAACACUUGAAACGAAGGAUGAGGACAAGGCUUUAAUCUCCAGAUCAACCUUUCAGAAGUUGCAUCAAGAAUCGAGGACAGCUUGUCUCUUGCUAUUAUCUAAAGUGAAUGAUGCCCCUUCCCCUUUUCCAGAGGAAAUUCAAUCUCUCCUUGAAGAAUUUUCUAAUGUUGUUCCUGAUGAGACCCCUCAUGGAUUACCGCAAUCUCAACAAAGCAAGGAUUCUAUCAUGGUUGUGCCUACAAGACCAGACUUCCAGGUGACUAUGGAGUCUCUGCUACUUUUAAUGUUGUUGACUUAUCUCCUUACUAUGAGGAUCAUGAGCAUUGAACUAAAACUUGAGGACAAGUUUUCUCCAACCAAGGGAGAAUGCACUAGGAAAAAACAACAAGCAUGUAGAAGCUACUCUGCAGCACCACUAGGCCGGUGCAACUUUGUCAACAUGGCCACAAGUCUUGCCAACCUAAGUGGUGAACCUAGCAAUCGAAUUCAUCGUAGUGAGAUUCUAAAUCUUGCCAAAAUCGGUGUUUCGAUAUCGGCUCCUACGCCAGAUUAGCAUUCUCUGGUUAAUGUUUUCAUCCCCUAAUUGAAUUAAAAGGAUUUUUAGGUAUAAAAAUAAGUUAAUUGACGAUAGACAUAAUAAAUGCCCUUGUUGCAUAGUGAGAAAUUGUCCAUCUGGUUUGAAGUUUGCCCAGAUGAUACAUAAGACCAAGCAGAGAGUUGGUAUCAUCAUGAUUCCCCUAACAAUUAUCGUUAGCCAUAACCACCAUUUGUUCCCUGCAAUUUAGUGACAAAUACUUCAAUAAAUAUCUUAAAUCUUU